UCAUCUCAUUUCUUUCACACUUUAACCGGAUCGUUUGCAGUGUCACGAAGGGGCGAUGCUGUACAACUGGGAGACGGGCUUGCAGCCCGAACGUUGCUCCGACUUGGGGGAUGUUCUGGGCACCGAGCAGAUCCGGCACCUUUGCUGCCGGAGCGGAUGCACAGUCGUUGUGUUGUCCAGCGGGAAGAUUUUCAGGAGAGUCGAUGGAAAACCACCUGGGCAGUUUCCUUAUUUCAAGGAUCAGAAGAUUCACUUUACUGCUUGUGGGACAUCCCAAGUUCUGUUUGUUUCGGCGACAGGAAGUAUUCUUCAGAGUCAAGUCAAUUCAAAGAGAUGUGCCAAUAAUCUAAGAGCGAUCACCUUAUCGAAACCACAGUUGUUUAGGAGUUUGAGUGAAAGCAAUAUAAUACAAGUGACCUGCGGAAACAAUCAUUCUUUGGCGCUUUCUAAAGAUGGCCAAGUCUUUGCCUGGGGACAGAACACCUUUGGCCAGUUGGGUCUCGGUACAAGAGGUCCCCUGUCUUGCGACCCCCAGACGGUGAAGAGUUUCUCUGGGGUCCCAGUGGCUCAGAUCACAGCUGGAGGCGAGCACAGCUUCGCUCUGACCGUCUCGGGGACGGUAUUUGCAUGGGGCAGAAAUAAUCACGGACAACUGGGGCUCGACGACACAGAGGAUACUCUUACUCCCAAACAUGUGCAAAUCCUAUCGUGCAAGAGCACCAUCUUUAUUUCUUGUGGCGAGGAGCACACUGUAGUUCUGACAAAGGAUGGAUUUGUUUUGACAUUUGGAGCUGGGGCGCAUGGACAGCUUGGACACAACUCGACAAGAGAUGAGAUCAAACCACGACUGGUUGGCGCACUGUUUGGGAAAAAGGUUUCUCAGAUCGCAUGCGGGAGCUAUCACACGUUGGCCCUCGUUUCAUCCACCGGCACGAUCUAUUCCUUUGGUUGUGGAGAAAUAAUAAAACUGGGAAAUGGCCAAACCAGCGAACAUUCAGUGCCUCUUCCCAUCAAUCUAAUAGACACUGCAAGCAAUGGUGGAGCUGACAAUGGCAAUUCAAUUAAACGAGGCAUCAGAAAAAUAUUUGCUGGGGGAAAGUUCAGCUUUGCAGAAUGCUAUGAUGAAGAGAAUUUACUAUCAUCGCAGGAAGAAUCUCUGCUCGCUCUGAAGAGAAUUGUGCCACUAACAAAUUUAUUGGGGGAGAAACUGUGCAAGAACACAAAAAAGGCAAUCAUUCGGGGUUAUUCAUCUUCACCGAUUAUGAAUGCAAGCUUCCUGGACACGAGCAAGGAUAACCAUUUCAAAACAAGCCAAAUGCUGUCUGGUCUGGAUAUGUCCUUAGUGUACCUGAACUUUGAGAAUUUGGCAAAAGACACUUCACUGCUAUCCCAGGUGACAAAUGCAAUCCUGACAAAGCUGAUCCCUUCACUCCCUCGCUCUCCUGCAAGUUUGGAAGCUCUGCGAGUUUACCUUGUUCUGCCUGAGCUCAUCGCUGUACUUGAUGGGCCAAAAAGCUCCAAGCUGACAGAAUCGCUAACCACAGCCAUUCUGUCCCUCGAAGGAAGUUACUUCAAAGUUCUAGAAUGUUGGUGGAAGGCAAUACCUGUCUACUUCUUCAAGCGUCUUGUGAGGAUUUAUCAUGACGAAUCCAAGCAACUUCUUCACCUCGCUAUGACUGAUAUCUCAAAGAAUACCUCUGAACUUAAGAAAUCAUUACAAAUUUUACAAACACUUUAUAAGGUAAAUUCUACCAGAGAUGAUCAAAUUCGAGAGUGGCGCUUCAAUAUUCCUGUAAUUAAAAUGUUUAAAGAAUUGUUCUGGGCAUUUGUGGUCAGAAAACUUCCUGGUAUUCAAAUACCAUUGGAUCAAUUCAUAAAUGAGAUGAUGUACGGAUUUCAAUCAUACUCAUUACAAUGGGCGAAGUUGCACCUUGCAGCACUUCGUAAGAUCUUAGGGCAAUUAAUUCCUUAUCCCUGCAUCUUUAAUAUCGACACAAAGCUUGCAUAUUUAAAGCUGGAAACCCAAAUAAUGCAAAACAAUGCUAUUCAACCUCAAGUGACUGUUUCAAGAACAUCAGCUCUUCAAGACAUAAUACAAUGGUACAGAACUCAGUAUGGACUUGCGGACUUUACAGCACUUCUGGUUACAUUUAACAAUGAAUCAUGUUAUGGUCAUGGGGUGACACAAGAAUUCUUCACUCUUUUAAGCAAGGACCUUCAGGAUGAUACAAGUAUUUUUGAGCACUAUUCUGAAUCUGGCUUCUUGUGGUUCCCCAGCAGGGAAUCCGGAUCAGAUGAUGUAUUUCACCUGGUGGGAACUCUCUGUGGAAUUGCCCUAUUCAAUGGUCAUAUUGCCAACUUCCACUUCCCUUUGGCUUUGUACAAAAAGUUGCUCCAUGUUCAACCAACACUGGAAGAUCUGAAGGAAUUCUCACCAACACAUGGAGCAUCACUCCAAUAUGUCCUUGAUUAUGAGUAUGAUGACAUUGAAGAAGAAUUGGGCCAAAAUUUUACAGUAAUCAAAGACACUGAGGAAGGAGCGAUAGUUGAACUCAUUGCUGAUGGUGCCAACACACUUGUCCAAAAGCAUAACAGGAAACAGUUUGUGGAAGCCUAUGUGGAUUACAAGUUGAACACUGCUGUGGAGAACCAAUUCAAAGCCUUUUUUGAUGGUUUCAGGAGAGGUUUCCCACUACCCAUUGUGGAUUUAUUCCACCCAGAAGAACUGAUGGCCAUUAUCCAUGGAAACACCAAUUACGAGUGGGAACUUCUGAAACAGAAUGCCAUGUAUCAAGGAUAUUUUCCAACUGACAGAAUAAUUCUAUAUUUUUGGGAAGUUUUUGAAAGCCUACUGGAAGAGGAGAAAAAGCAAUUAAUUGCUUUUCUCUCAGGAAGUGAGAGAAUCCUAGCAGGUGGGAUUGGAAGAUUCAUAAUUAAAAUACUUAGGCCCCGGAACGUUGAUGAUCCAGAUUUAUCGUAUCCUCGUGCAUAUACUUGCACCAAGAGCUUGGAACUCCCCAAUUACAGCAACAAAGAUUUACUGCGAGUCAGGCUACUUCAUGCUAUUGAAUGCCUUGAAUUCUGUGCAGUGCCACCCUGAUAUCUGCAGUUGGAAACUAUGUUGUGAAACUGUGAUAUCAUAAUUGAUUAAAAUAAGUUGUAGCAAAACACUUGUUUGAUAACAGCACAGAAAAUAUCAGUGAUAUUACUAGAGUUAUUUAAAAUCUUCUCUAAUCGAACCAAUAAUGUACACUGACUGAUUUGUUAAUUCAGUGAUUUAUGCUACUUUUGCUAAAUGAAUGGAUGUGGAAGGGCAAUAUUAUUUGCAUUUGGGAAGUAUAUGUUGACUUGUUAUUGGCAUAACAAGUCAUUCAUUGUGUGCAAAAUAAAAUGACAAUGGAAACAAAACCAGAAAAUGAUGAAUGUGUUUCAUUUGCCAAUUACCCGUCAUUUAAAAGGUUUCUCUGUACUUUGUAAUAAAAUCAUUCAGCUCUGAGAUUAUCUUCCAAUAGUAUCACAUAUAAACCUCUUCACUGUCACAAUUCGUGUGCUUUUUGAAUUGUAACAUAAUUUUAAGUAUAAAUAAUCAUUUGUGAAUUUAUUUCUGUAUUUAUAUUGAAUUAAAAUAAUUCGAUUUUUUUAAUAACAAUUCCUCAUUGUGUCAGAAAUGGUUAUUGGGUGCUAAAAACAUUUAGGGGUUUGAAUUAGCUUUGGGAGUAGUUUGAACAAGAGUAUCUCAGUGGAUUUCCUAUGGCUGCUCCGGUUUCCUCACACGUCCAAAAACAUGCAUCCUAGAAAGUUUAAUUGGACACUGUAUAAUUGCUCAUAGUGUGCUGGUGAAUGGUGGAAUCUGUGGGGUAAUUGACAGGAAUGUGGGGAGAAUGAAUAGCAGGAAAAUUUAGUAAGGGAAUGGGAUUGCUCCUUGAGCUGGUAUAGACUCGAUGGGCUGAAAUGGCCAUCUUCAAUAUGGCUAUCAGCCACUACUCUUUUCCACUGGAUUACUGCCUCUGAUUGUGAUUUGAUGGAUUGUUGUGAAUAUCUAGGGGUUAUUUUGCAGAAUGAGCUAAAUGGUUCACUUGAUGAAUUGGUCAGAUUUGCAAUAUGUUUGCAUGUUAACAUGAAGGCAAUAAUGAUCCUUGAAUGUGGUUUCAAUGAGGAAUGUGUUUCUAGCAGCAACCAGAAAUGUAGACACAACUGCCCUCGUGUGGGGAAUAAUGAUGGAGCAGCUUUAUUUAUAUUAAUGUUAGCUUCACUUAUCCAAAGUGAUAGGAGGAAGAAUCGAUCUAACCCCAAUAAUUGCAGC